UACACACAGUCACAUUUGCAGGUAUCUUCCUGCUGACACUGGAAGGAGCUUCAGAAAGAGUUGCAGACAGACAGAACAUUAGAUUAAAGAUUUUCAUUCUGAGGCUCCAUCUUUCAGCAAACGUUGUGGGAAUCGGUGAUGUCUUCCUUUCGAUCUGUUUCAAACACUUCUGUCAUCAUUCACCCUCCAGGCUUCUACAUUGUUGGAUUUGAGUCAUUUCCCUUCAUAUCUGUGUAUUUCAUCUUCCUAGCAUUUGUUUAUGCUUUUUCAGUGAUGUUUAACUGUUUGCUGAUUUAUACAAUUGCUGUGAAUCACAGUUUGCACACUCCAAAAUUUCUGGCCAUCACCAACCUGGCAGUGAUAGAUGUGGUGCUUAACACCUGCACCAUUCCUGGCAUGAUAAAGAUUUUUCUCAUCAAAGAUAAUUUUAUUACGUUUAACCUGUGUUUUGUUCAGAUGUUUGUAUAUUAUGCAUUUGCAGCUCUGGAGUCUUAUGCACUCACUAUACUGGCCUAUGACAGGCUGAUUGCUAUAUGUUUCCCUUUCAGGCAGAACUCAAUCAACACAGUGCGCAGCAUGAGCUGUAUUAUCAUUGUUACUUGGUGUUUUAUUCUGGUAUUGAUAACAUUCGCUACAAGCUCAAUGACCCGACUGUCUUUUUGCAACUCUGUCAGGGUGUUCAGUUAUUUUUGUGACUAUGCGCCUGUGUUUCGACUUGCCUGUAAUGAUAACUCACUGCAGUGGGCUGUAUCUUCAACCCUCUCUGUUCUGAACCUGGGAGCACCUUUCAUUUUCAUCCUGCUCUCCUAUGUGAGCAUCCUGGUGACUGUGUUCAAGAUGAAAUCUGUGGACCGACGAGUGAAAACGUUGGCCACAUGUGUUGAACAUAUUAUUAUUGUUGCUAUAUUUUAUAUUCCUCUUCUUGUUAUUUUCUGCAUUGGGCUUUUUUCAAGGGCAGUUGACCCAGAGAAGAGAGUUUUGAGUCUGUCACUGGCCUCUUGCAUGCCUCCUUGCAUUAAUCCUAUUGUUUAUUCUCUGAAAACCAAAGAGAUAAAAAUCAGGACACUUGCUUUGUUUAGAAAAACCAAAGUUAACUCAAAAAUAUAAUUAAACUCCAAUCCUUUUCACAUUAUGACUGAGUAAUAACCUAGAAACUGUGGUUAAAAAAAAUUAACAAGGAUGUGCAAACAGUAACUGCUGGCAACAUUAAUAUGCGUUUCUGUGAAAUUUGGUCAACUCUGUGGUUUGAAUAUCAGCACAAUUUUGCAUCAAUGUGUCUUGUGAACAGAAACAAUAACCAUACAUUUAAGGAAAUAAAGUUUUGAUUAAUGCAAUUCAGUCUCUAUUCUUAUGUUUUGUAAAUAGCA